AUGGAUCGGACAGGUCUGCUUUUCCUCCGCGGGGCGGCCGGUUCGCCGCCCGGGCUUAAGUUUUUUGGUUCUCGGGGUGAGACAUCCACGUCGAGCACGUCGUUUCUUGCUCUGCAUGGCAGAGUGCCGACGGCGACUUUCCGGACACCUUUUCACGCUCGUCUCGCGCCUUCAAAGUUGCGGCAACGCAAGGAAUGCCCAGACGCAGCAGACUCUCCCACCUUCUCCCCUUCGCCCCUUUCGCCAGCAGUUGCAUCUCCUCAAAAGCGGACAGGAGGCUCCCUGAACGCUUUCUUCAGAGCGCCCGUCUGCAGCGCGGCAUCUAACCGGCGACACGAGGAAAGGUGUCCGAGCCUGGUGUCGCGUACCGGCCUCGCGAGGUCUUUUCCUCGUCGGUCAGCUGGGUUUCUGGACAGCGCCGGAAGCAGUUUUUCUCAGAAAGCCCCGCUGUCUCUGCACCAUGUCGGCGACACUUGCGUCUACUCCGCACCGCGGGCGUGGGAGGCCGACUCUGUCUUUCUGAGGCAUCCGGCCUUGCCUGGGCGAGUGCCGAGGGUGGGCGGGUGCGGCGUCGCACCCGCCGCCUCAGCAGCCUCCUGUCUCGGUGCCAGCCAUACGAACGCGUGUUUGCGUCCACGCGAGCCGUGGAGUCUCGCGCAUACGCGCAUGUUUGGAGGUCGGGCUGGGGGGCUAAAGCGCCGGAAGCCCCGGCGUGAUCCCGGCAGGGUUAUUCAGUCAGGAUUCGGUCGCCGGCAAGAAUUCUUCUGGCCGGAGAAGGCGCGGCGCACGCGCGUUCCGCUGUACCAGAAUUCCCGUCCGAAUCUGGUUUACGAUCAGCGUUUCCGGCGGUUCAUGUGCAUGUGGUACGCGAGCGGUGUGCAGGUGUUCCGCCCGUUCUCGUGUCGAGGCAGGAAGGGAGGUCGGGGAAAAGAAGGGUUGCCGGACGGCCUGGGCAUAGGCCGCGGCAGCGGAACGUGGGAGAGAGCCCGCGCGAAGGCCGUCGUCCUUUUGAAGCAGUUGAAACGUCAAGGUCAGUUGGACAAACUCGCGAAACCGGACGUCACGCGCAGUGGUGUCCGAGGUGUCUAUUUUGAUACUGAGGAGAAGCUGUGGGUAGCGACGUGGAACGAGCACGGACUUAGAAGGUUCAAGGCCUUCCCCACCAUGGAAAUGGGGUUUGAUGCCGCCUACCAGGCUGCCGUCGCCGUCCGCAGACAGAAAUUACGCGAAAACUACAUCUUCUGCAUGCAGCGAAACCGAAAAAAAUCGGGGCGGCCGCCCUUCAAGUGA